GCUAAACACUAAAUCUGAUAUGGACUACACUGAUACAUCUUUCAGUUCCCGGCAUAAAUAACUCUUCCACUGCCACCACAAUCCUAAUAGCGUCUACUCUGAAGACAUCCUACUGAUAUCAAUGGGGUUUUCUACCAAGAAAGUCUUGAAACAUGAGUGAAUAAUCUGCUGCUGCGUGGCAAAGCUGCACAAAGCUGCGACCACCACCUACUGGACAAGGAGCUAAUCGCGCUCCCAAAAACGACACACUUCUACACAUUCCUCAAAACCUUCCCGCAAACGCAACGUGACUCUGCCCCCCAUUUCUUCCCAUCGCAAGACUGCAAUGGGUGCAAAAAAACCCAAAAUCCCAAGUCGACGGACUUUGAUGACAAGUACCCUUCCCUCCCAUCCAACUAUUGAAGACGGCACGGAACAACCACCUCCGAAAUUGCAGAGAGCCUAUUGGAACUCAAACCCAAAAACAACCAGCCGCAUGCAACCCCUGUCGAAGAGAUCUUUGUUGCAUUUUCCACGUGAACCUUAAUACACGUACGACGAGCCCAGCCGCUUCUCCGUGAGCUCCCAUUAAAUGACCCAGAGCGGACAUGCGCAGUGCUACUCUACCGCCUGCCUGCCCACCCCCUCCUUCCCCUCCGUCGCUCCUUGAUGACGAACACCGCAGCUGGCGUCCAAAACAAAACGCGCAGCCUGGAUCCGCCACGCAUGCGCAGUUUCCUCAAGAGGCCACUCUUUUUCCCUUUCCCCCACCCUUUCUGCCUCUUGUCUGUGGCGGGGGGGGGGAGGGGACAGCUCAGGUCUGGCAGCCGCAGCAGCAGCAGCCCCCCCUCCCCGCUCCCGCUUAACUGACAGCGCGACCGGCUUCGGCCGCGUCCCUCAGCGAACGCCGCGCGCGCUCGAGCGCCGUGAGGGGAAGCAGCAGGCCUCGCCUCCGCCGGCUUCCAGCGGAAGGGGGCAGCCCGGCAGCAGGUCCCACACGCCGGGCAAGAGGGGGGCGGUGUCGGCGGCGGCUUCCCCGGCCGCCCUCCUUCUCCUCCUCCUCCUCUCCGGGGUCCGAGGCCGGGGAGCGCGGCUGCUGCUGCCGCCACCUGCCGCCACAGGUGGGCAGCCCUGUAUAUACCCCGCCGUGAGGGGCUUCAUGCCGGGCACAGAGUAGCGGCGGCGGCGGCGGCGGCCGGCCUAAGCGAGGAGAAGCGGGGAGCCCGUCGGAUGCCCGUCGCCGGCAGCCUCGGCGUCAGGGCCGGCGGCGGCGGGGCAUGAACCUGGCGCAGCCCGAGGGCCAAGAGGAGGAGGAGGAGGAAGGCGGCGGCGAGGAGGAAGAAGAGGAAGGCGGCAUGGAGCCUCCGGAGGACGCGGCUGCAGCGGACCCGGCGCCGGUUGGGUGCCCGCUCCAAGAAGCGGCCGGAGGAGAAGGGGCCGGCGGCUGGGAGCAGAGCCUGAGCCCGGAGCUGCAGCAGGCGCGCCGGAUCCUGAGCGAGUUCCUGCUGGAAAAGCACCGGCCCCUGACAGCUCCUUUCCUGAGACCUUUCGGAGGAGGAGGAAGCCAGCAGGAGGCUGAAGGGGGGCUGCAAAGUGGAUCGGCCGGCCCCACCUCCUCCUCCUCCUCCUCCUCCUCUUCCCAGGAUCCGUCCAGCCAAGAUCCUCCGCCGCCACCGCCGCUCUCUGGGAUGUGGUUGCUGAAGAUGGAAGAGAAGUUUUCCUCCGGCCAGUACAAAGGGAUCGCGGAUUUCGUGGCCGAUUUCCGGCUGAUGCUAGAGACGUGCUACCGGCUGCACGGGGUGGAUCACUGGCUCUCCAAGCAGGCCCAGAAGUUGGAGAUGAUGCUGGAGCAGAAGCUGGCGCUGCUGUCUCGGUAAGGUGUGAUGGUGAUGGGCAGAGCUUCUUCCUGCUGGGUUGUUGUCAUCAGCUUCACUCCUUAGGAGCUCAGCCUUCUCCCCAUUUUAUCCUCACAACAACCCCGUGAGGUAGGCUAGUGUUGGGAGUACUUUAGCCACUGAGGGUUUGAACCCAGGUCUCUCAAGUGCUAGCCCAGUGCUCUAACCACUGACUGUAUACCACGCUGACUCUUAAGGAACACCGAAAAGGAAAACGUAGAGUUGUCCUUCUUGUGAAAUGUUAUGUAUUGCCACAAUUCACGUAGAAAUCUAUUCUUUAAUAUAUUACCUAUAUUUCUGUGGCUACAGUCCUAAGGACGUUUAGUAGGAAGUAAGUACCAUUGCACAUGGUGGGCUUCCUUAGCAGUAAACAUGUUUAAGAUGGUGCUGCAAAUCUUUGGCACAAACUCAUUCGAGGUGAUAAUCCACUUGUAGUGCAGACUUGUGGAUGAAUUCUUAGUAGUAACUUCUAUUGAAUUCAGUGAGAUUGCUCCAGGGCUAGUAUGUAUAGGAUCAUGCCUAACAUGUGCACAGUUACCUGGAAGUAAGUUCCAUUGGAAUAAAGAGAAACUUCUUAGUAAACAUGUAUGUGUUUGGUUGUUAACAUGUGGUAUUGAAAGCAUUUGUUUUCAUUUUUAGCAGCAUGUUACCUUUUUUGUAGCAUGUGUACUUAGAGUAAAUGUCAAUAAUACUUCCAAAGAGACAAUAUCUGUUAAUUGUUUUCAUUUCUAAAAAGGGAGGUUAUAGGAUUUAGGUUUCUUUAAACCCAAUUUCCUGAGUCUGUAUGUGGGGGACCUGUUGUCCUGACAUUGAAAACUGGAUUUAGGGUCUGAAUUUAAUCAUUAAAAUGAAAUCCUAGUCCUGAUGAGGUAGUGCCUUGGGUUUUGUGGAUGUUAGCAUUAGGCUGAAGACAUAAUGCACACUUAUCUCAGAAUACGUCCCACUGAAAACAAUGACACAUGCUUCUGAGGAAACAUGCUUAGGAUGUAGGGAAAAUUUGUUUAUGUGGCUUUAAAAAUAUAGCAACAGACUAUGAAUGAAUUGAGAAUGUUCAUCGGCUUAGGAAUGUAGAACAAGAGCUCAGAAGCUACACCUGAGUAAAAGGGUAUGAUUGAUUGUGUGUGUGGUGGGGUCAUAAUGGAAGACAAAAUGUUCUUGAAGUUCAUUACAACAAUGUUUAACUACUAAAAUUUUAAUUUACUUCCUCUUAUGUUAAGAAAGCAUUUUUUUUAUUAUUAACUUCUUCCCUUUAAAAUUAGCUUGUUGCUAUAAGAAGGGUGGGGGUGAUGCUUGCUGCUGACAAAAGUGAAAUCUCUGAAGGUAAAAUAUGCAGUGAUGCAAAUAAUUAGGAGAUUGUGGCCUGGCUUGCACAUAACACUAAACCAUGGUUUGUUUAAUCUGUAUUAAUUUACAAAGCUCUAAAUAACAUAGGUUUAGGGUACCUUAGGGAUCGCAUGAACCCUUAUAUCCCAGCUUAACUCUAAGGUGAGGCACAUUGAGCAGCAACAAGAAAUCAAGCCUUUAGUGCCAUUGGCACAGUUCUGUGGAAUAUCCUGCCAAUACAGCUUCAGCAGGUGUAUUCUGUUUCAACCUUUAAACCGCUUCUGAAAACUUUUCUUUUCCACCAGGCUUAUGCAGGGAACUCUGAAGACAUCUUUCCAUAAUAGUUAUGGGAUGGUCUCUGAUUUCAUUUUUUAAAUGUGGCUUUUACUGUAUCAUUUUAUAUAUGGCUACUGUAAGCCAUUUUAUGGAUAUUGGUAUAUACAAAUAUUCUUUAUAAAUAAAUAAAUAAACAAACAAACAAUCAAUCCAGGAGUUGCCCCACAGACAAUCAAAUAAUGUCCUGUUUCUUGCCUUGUGGGUUUUUUUAGCCUUGUGUGGAUCUGGAGUGGAGUGAUCAAAUAAACCAUGGUUAAGGAAGGAUGCUGGAUCCACAUGUAACUCCAAGCUGGAUCCACAUGUAGCACCAAACAAACUAUGAUUCAUUAGCAGAUGGCAAACUACAGCUUCAGAUUGUGGUUUGAUGGCAGUAAACAAACUACAGUUUAUCUGCUGGGCAGUUUCACACCUAACACUAAGUUUUGUAUUGAUAAACCAUAGUUUAAUAAACUAUGGCUUAGUGUUAGGGGCAAACUAUGCCAGUGUAGGAGAAGAGGUAACUACAACUGAAAAAUUUAACAUUGUUCAGGUGUAAAUAUUUGGGAUAUGUUAGUUUAUAAUUGCAUAGUUUUUUUGUGUGUAGGACAGUAUCCAUUGUAGGUUUCUCUUGCAAUCCUUAUAUGAUUCCCCUGCACACCUCCAGCUACUCUGCAACUCUCCAUACCUGAGUAGAAAUAGCCUGCUAACCCCCACAUUGGCUCAAUUUUCUAUGGGAAGAGCCUCUUUCCUCUGUAUCAAACUUUCCUCUGUGACCAAAGGGCCAAAGGUUUGCUCUUGCAUCCACAACCUGCCUGUCUUGAUGUUGCUGAGAAGGGUUGGCUCAAAUAAAUUCUUCUCAUAAUUGUGCUCUUUUUUCCUUCUGAAACUUUGGGAAACUGCAUCAUGAAUGUGUCUUUAAAUAAGCACACACACCCUCUUAAAAUUCUUGGGCGUGGACCAGGCAUAGGCAAACUCAGCCCUCCAGAUGUUUUGGGACUACAAUUCCCAUCAUCUCUGAGCAGUGGUCCUGUUAGUUAGGGUUCAUGGGAGUUGUAGUCCCAAAACAUCUGGAGGGCCGAGUUUGCCUAUGCCUGGUGUAGACCUCCAGCACAGAACUGGUGAAGUUGGAGAAAGUUGAACUGACAGCAUUUUAUAGGAUAGCUGGACGUUGGGCAGUUUGGCUCUUUGGAAUCGUGGUGGCUGCUUGAAAUUGCAAUGCAUGUUUGAUUACUUGCUGAGUUGUUUGGAUGGAGGUAUCACAACACACAAUAUAUUUCUAGCAUGAUCCCACUAACCCACAUUUACAGUACUGCAGGAGUAUUUGUUCACCAUAUCCAGUCUGGAGGCCACAGGUAUCAAAUAAUGCCGCUUUCAUUCUGGACAGAUUUGAGCACACCAAUUGCGCUUGUUUAGAGACCACCUGUUUCACGUAGAUUGCACAAAUACAUAAUUCUGCUCUGGAUUCUACAGUCAAGCAGUAUAUAAAUUAUGUUAAAUAAAAUAAAAUAAUAAUAAAAAAUAAAAUUUGUUACAAUAGUGAAUAGGCCUCCCUCUGAUCUCAGCAGGGCUUCUGGUAUAUUAGUAUAGUGCUAGAAUUCUCUUUUAAAAAUCUUUCUGGGUGAAUCUUUUAGUGAAGCUAUUUUAUCCUCACCCCAGUUCUGCCAGUGCAAAAAGCUAGGUAUAUACAUUUAGGCUGUGAGUGUUUCCCUUGCCACGACAAGAAUAGUGCUGCCCUCAGGGAACCGCAAUAGCGAUCAGCAUUUCUCCCACCUUUGAAGCUACUGAAGAUGGGGUAGGGGACUACGACCCCCAACUCUGCACAACCACUGUUUCCUUCUCCAAUGGGGAUUCAUUCACCACUGCUGGGUGGUAGUGCUCUGAGUGCUGCCAUUCAGUAUCAGCCAAACUGGUGCACACUCCACUUGUUUUCCCUGCAGAAAUUUUGUGUGUGUGAUGUGGUAGUGGGGCUUCAGUUGCUGGGAAGUGGAAAUCCCUUGUAAAAAAACCCAGAAUCUACUUCAAAUCAGUGUUUUUGCACAAUGAGAGAAUUGGCAAGCACCAGUUCUCUUAUUUUUACUGUGUAAGCUAUGGAGGCUAAUAUAAGCUUUAAUUUUUGGAUGAUUGUUGGGGGGGGGGGAACCCAUGUAAAAAUCAUGCUAAUUCAAGAGGGUCCAUUUUAAUUAUGUGGGAUCCUACAUUACCAAAACCGAGGAUAUGGAGAAGCAAAAUUUGCUUUCAGCUUCCCUUUGUGCUUUGUGUGUAUUGGUGGCAGGAAGUGUGUGCUUUCUAUGUUUUGGGGUGUGUGUGUAUUUUGUCUCUUUUAUUAAAGAGGUGUUUUUUGUUUGUUUUUGUUUUGCAAUUCUCGGAGGUCUAAGAGGUAUCUCUCUUAACCAAACAGUUUUUAAUUGCAAUCCAGGAUUUCCCCUUCCUUGCUGUUGCAGCCUCACACAGGACCAAAAAAACAACCAAAACAAAAAACCAACCCUCAAAGAAAUGAGGAUGGGGAGAGGCAGUACUAAUGGGUGGAUGAAUUUGGGAAGAUAAGAAAGAAUUUACAGAACCACAACCCACAUCUAGCCUGUCCCCAACCCCUGGUUGGUUACGGGGCACAGUUUAGCUUGUGUUCAUGCUGCAGCUGGUGGUGCUUCGUGGAGUUGGGCAGUGGGGUAGCAGCAGUAAGUUAAAAGGACCCCUGGACAGCUACGUCAAAGGCAACUAUGGGGUUGCAGCGCUCAUCUCGCUUUUCAGGCCAAGGGAGCCAGCGUUUGUCUGCAGACAGCUUUCCGGGUCAUGUGGCCAGCGUGACUAAACCGUUUAUGGCGCAACGGACACUGUGAUGGAAGUCAGAGUGCACGGAAACGCCGUUUACCUUCCCACCUCAGCGGUACCUAUUUAUCUGCUUUUGAACUGCUAGGUUGGCAGGAACUGGGACAGAGCAAUGGGAGCUCGCCCUGUCGUGGGGAUUCAAACCACCGACCUUCUGAUCGUCAAGCCCAAGAGGCUCAGUAGUUUAGACCACAUUCCCUAGCAAGCAGUUACCCCAAGGCAGGACUGCUUACAACCUGGCUUCCGGCAGACUUAUGAGGAAAAGGAUGAUAACCAUUUCUUGUAUGCUUGAGGGAAACCUGGACUGUGAAGAGCAAAGUACUAUACAAUCUAAACCAAUUCACUUUAGACCUUUGGCUACAGUUUUAAUAAUUCUAAACUUUUAUGUCAUGAUGUCAAGUAAACUUAAUUUAAUGUUUGAUUAACAAGUAUAUUAGGUUCUAUUAAAUUAAUUUAAGGAAGCUUAUCCUGAAUAUUGGGUUCUAGCCUACUAUUUCAUUUUAUCCUUCUUGACUGUACUGUCUCUGCCAAGCUAAGCCUGAAUGGCAACUCACUUUAAUCGGUUCUAUGUAAGAGCCCAAGAACCAGUGGCAAGAGCUCUGGGAAUACCAGAUGUAGGCUAAGCUUCUUGUAUUGAAACCAGUACAGUAGUCGUACCUUGGAAGUCGAACAGAAUCCGUUCUGGAAGUCCAUUCGACUUCCAAAAUGUUUGGAAACCAAAGUGCAGCUUCUGAUUGGCUGCAGGAAGCUCCAGUUUUAAUUUUAAUUUGUUUGAAUUAAUUGUGGGAUGUAUCUUAAUUUAUUGAUCGCUUGUUUUUAUGCAUUGUCUUACUUGUAUGAUGUUAGCUGCUCUGAGCCUGGCUUUGGCUGGGGAGGGCGGGAUAUAAAUAAAUUAUUAUUAUUAUUAUUAUUAUUAUUAUUCCUGGAUGCUUUGCUCAAAAGAUAUCAUGAGCUCAUUACCUUUUUGGCUCAAAAAAACCCAUAAGGGGUUUUCAAUCAUUAAUAAAUGUCAACAAAGAUUUUGCUCUAAUUAAACACAUCAACUUUGCCAGCUCAGCCAAAUCCAUUAAUUUCAAUAACAAUUAUUCUAUAGUAGGUAAUAAUGUGCUUAUAACAAUCUCCGCUGUGAUCAUAUAUUGCAAUAAUCUUCUAUAUUCAUUUUCUAGUUGUAUAUACUGUACAUUAGUCCCAGCAGGAAGAGCUUUGGAGGUGCAGAUCUUGCCAACAAUAAGUUACCCAUACUUUGGAUAUAAGAUUCAUUUUUUGGGGGGGGCAAUAGUGUCCCCCAAAAGAGAUAUAAUGGUCUGUGGUCAUAACAAGUUAAACCCGAACAGGCAUGCAAUAAAUAGAUCAGAGAGAGUUUUUCUGUGUUACUGAAUAAGAAAAAGAAAAAGAGAUAAAUAAUUCACAUAAGGGGGAUCGGGAGAGAGAAGAUAAGAGAAUCUCCCACCUUGGGGGGAAAAAUAAAAUCUAGGAAGAAGGGAUUGUAUUCAACAUUAGGCAUACCCAGAGCUGACCCAUUUAAAUUAAGGGAUGUGACUGACAUGUCUAUUUAUUUCAAUUGAUCUAAUCCAAUUAAAAUUUAGUUUGGAAACACCCCUAGGUUCAAAACUAAAGGAAGAUAAAAUGUUAUAAAGUUUCAUUAAAGUCUGCAAUCCCAUGCACGCUUGCAACUUGCUAAGACUAAAACGGCUAAUAAACUAUAUAGUGUCAGGUCUAAGGGUGACUAGAUAAAUAAGGGGGAAAUUGUUCUUCUUUUUAUUGGGCGGGGGUAUUCAUCCUUUCCCACACAACUGUAGUAUUCUGGAAAUCCCCAAGAUAAGCUUUCUAAUAUGACUGUCUACCUAUUCUGUAUUUCCUCUUCUAAAUUUCUACAGAUAACUGAUAAAGAUUUCAAGUCUACAGAUGACGUGUAUGUCCCCUUAUUUGUGCCAGGGAGUAAGCCACCCUGAACAGAAGGGGACUUUGUCUGAGUAGAUAUUCAUAAGAUGGUCGUAUAAGUGAGCGUUAUUUUAAUAUGUCGGGCACUAUUUGAUCAGUGCCCUUUUUGAUAGCAUAUUCCACGCAUCCCAUUAAAAGCAGAAAGAGAUGGUGGUGAGAGCUUAUUCACAGGGUGGGUGGAAUCCGGGUUUGUGGAAUGGAAACUUUUGAUUUUUAAGCAUCAAGGCUUUGAACUCUUAGUGGUGUUAUCUUGGCUUAUCAGACCCCUACUAGAAACAAACUAAUAAAAUGGACUAUACACUGCCUGCGGCAACUGGCUGGACACCUCACCCUAACCUCUGUUCUGCUUCAGAAGAGACGUUUCAGCAAGGUCCAGCAGACAAUGCUAGACGAGCACAUCUGUGUGCAGGCAAACACACCCAUGUACACACAGGGAAAAUUGGAGGAGCAAACACAUGCAUUUACAAGAUGGUGCUUCAUAGAGCUGGCAGUGGAGGAAGUAUGGGCAUUGCAGAUCUUCAUGCUCUAACUUAGAUUACAUGCAGUAGCCUUGGUCCUUUUUACGUAUUGCUGACCGACACAUACACCCACCAUACCUGGCCGCAAAGCAUUGUAGCUCUGCCCACACCUCAGAGGUGUCCCUAUCUAUCUUACGCACUUUUCUAAAGUGUUUCACUUGGAAUCCUCUUCCAGGAGCAUCUGGUUUACCAGAAUUUUACUGGAUUUAUGGUUGAUGUCACCUUAGAAAGAGAUGGUAAUAGCUGUCUCAUACGAAAAAGAAUACCACUCCAGGCUAACGGGAUAAGAGAAGGACACCCCACUUUCUAACCUACUUUCAGUGACAUGACAAAACUAUAAAUAGCUUCCGUAUAGGAAAGAACUCCAUCACUCAUUAUUUCUGAAAAAAUGUACAAAAUGUUCAUUAGUUUUAGAGGAAAUAAUAACACUUUGCUAAACUCUACGCAAGUGACAACCAUUGCAUUAAUCCAUAAGAAAGGAACCAUAUUCACCCAAGGACAAUUUGGAUUCAUAUAGAACAAUAUCCAUAAUCAACUUAGUUGUUGUAAGAACAACAAUUUUAUUCUUUAUGAAAUCUGGCUGGGUUAUCUCAGCCACUCUGUGUGCGGCUUCCAUCACACACAAAAACACAAAACCCAAAUAUUAAAAACAAUACAAAAGUUCUGGCAUUGAAAACAGGAAUAUUUAUUUACGGGGUUCGUGUUAUAUUCCGAAUUAAAAUUAAUAUAUGAUUAUCAAAGAGGCCAUAAUAAAGGAAGGCAUUUUGCAGGCAGAAGCCUGAUUUAGAUGUCACAGCCAAACCAUGACUUGGCCAGUGUGAGAGCCAGUGUGGUGUGGUGGUUAAGAGCGGUAGACUCGUAAUCUGGUGAACCGGAUUCGCGUCUCUGCUCUUCCACAUGCAGCUGCUGAGUGACCUUGGGCUAGUCACACUUCUUUGAAGUCUCUCAGCCCCACUCACCUCACAGAGUGUUUGUUGUGGGGGAGGAAAGGAAAGGAGAAUUUUAGCCGCUUUGAGACUCCUUAGGGUAGUGAUAAAGCGGAAUAUCAAAUCCAAACUCCUCCUCCUCUUCUUCUUGGCCAUCGUGAAUGAAAUUUGGAUUUGUUUUCUUUCUGCUCCCUUCAUGUACUUAACAAUUCCAUACCUCCCUAUAGAUUUGGAUGUUAUGGUGAACUAUGGUGUAUUGUAACAUCCAGAUCAUAAGGACCACAGUUACAGCAAACCAAAGUUUGCUUCCUAACGUGUGAACCAGAAACCAUGGUUUGAAGUAGCAGUAUUACGAUGGAUGAACAAAUGGUCUGACUUGAAUGAAGUUUCUUUAAAUCAUUCUGAUUGGUGUAUAAGCUUGAACAAAAAAUAAUGUGCUGUUACUGUGUUGUGUAAACCAGGACGUUAAGUUGAAUGGUAAGCAAAUGUGGGUUCCCAUGGGGAGCUCACAGCUGUUUUGCUCCUCUGUCGUUCUUUUCACUCUCAUGCUGUUCUGAACGUUCUUUGGCCUAGCAUGUCAACUGAACCUGUGCUACUAAAAUAUGGAAAACAUUAUCUUAGCAGGAUUGCAUUGUGUUUCAGAGUAUUUUGUGUAUUUUUUUGUAUACACUUGUCCAAAAAGGAUGAAUGGAAACUGAUUUGAGAAAAUCUGAUUACUUCCUCAGAAGAACAUUGUUCUAUUGUAAAGAGAGAAUCUACUUUCAAAUUCCAAAUGAUGGCACUAAAUCCAGAUUAUUCUUCUUCUUUUUAAGUAACAAGCAUCUUCUACCAUGAAGAAAACGUGCAGCCAUACUACUUGAAGAGUAUUUAUUUUACUUGGCCCUUUUCUAUAAGUUUUAAAAGUGUAGCUGCUGGAUUACUGGUGGUCAGGAAAAAUAUUCUUGUGCAUUGAUUUGAUUUUUCUUUCAAGGCAUUUGAGAGAGAAGACAGCAAUAGGAGUAACAUCUAAAGGGUUCUGUGGGCUGGAAGAUGAGAAGGGAACAGCUUGUACUUCAACAAGGCGGCGUUCAACACCACGCAGUUUAGCAGGCUUGACCACAGGCGUGUUUGAAUCCGUAAUGGUUCAGGUUCUGAGACAGGAAGAGCAACUGAGAGCAAAAGAAGAAAAGAGGUAAAAGGCAAAAGUGGAUUGUUUUUAGCUGUUCUUUCCUCCCCAACCUCAACCCCUCCUCCCCAAUUUUGCUACUUUGGGAGAUCAAACAUACCACUCACUUCCCCAUCAUUUCUGCCUCGAAAUUGACUUCUCAGCCUAGGAGUUCUAUGUAACUGAACAUCACAUUUAGGCAGUCAAGCAUUUGAAAAUGUGUCCUGUGAAUUAAGUAUAUUGACAGUCUAGAAUAAGAAGAAUCACAUGGUUCUGUUCUUUAUUCUAUGUCUUCUCCUUCAUAUGUUACCUUGCAUUUCAUUAUCACAUUUCUGUUGUUUUGUAAUGUAUUUGUCAUUUUGUGUCUAUUAAAACUAUAUUUUAUAGCAAAGCACUUCAUAUUGCAGGGAGAGUAUUUACCUUCUCAGUUUCAUUAGAAUUUUAUCAUUAUUUAUCCAGGUAUCAGAACACAAUCAAACAAUACUUAAUUUGCUUUUCUUAAUAUGAUGAAUUGAUAUCCAUGGAUAAUAUUGGUAUGUGGGGAAAUUGUAUAUAUUUUGGGAAGGUGGAGAAGGAAAGAGAGACUGAAACAUAGGCGAAGUUACUGAUUAGACAGACUGUCUUGCUUUGCUUCCGCAAUUAAAUAACGUCAAUUAUUAUGAAGGCCUCUUCUCCUACUUCCACUUCUUUCAGAAGAUGGGCUUCACUGCCCUGCUACAGUUCUCAUUUGUUCUAAUUCUUCAUAGUUGGAAAAUGCUGUGACUUAAUGGCAAAUGUUUACUCCUUUCUCAGAAAUCGUUUUUUUUAAUACAAAUUUCAUUUGAAUUUGUAUAUAAUAAUACUAAAACAUCCUGCCACGUGAUUGGCAUGCAGAAGGGGAAGCAGGAGAAAGGUUUUUUAGCAAGGUAAAUGUGAUAGUGGCUUGGCUGUAACACCAGUUUUCUGUGUUGUCACUGAAUCAUGCAUCAGGUGUGGAGCAUGGCAGUCUGACAACACUGUAUCCCAGAACUACACACCUGACUAAAAAAGACACUUCUGACACAUUUUCUCCAAGUCAUGGUAACUCCACCUCAACAUCCAGAAAGCUGUGUAUGUGCAUUAGCUUGAAACUAAAUGGUGUUAGAUUUUUUAACAAAACUAUGUCUUGAUUUUUAUUGUUCGUCAUGGAAUAGUACAAAGACACACACAGAGAGAAAAGUACAUAAUGCAGACAUUAAUUCUGUCAACACAAAUCAUCCCCCCCCCCAAUAUAUACAGAUUGAUAUUUUUGCUGAAACUCAACUGGUCAAAUACUGAGAUUAAAUUAAAUAUUCUGCUUUGCUUAGAUUAUUGAUCUUGACAGUUUGGUGGUGAUGCAUGCUUUGGGUGCUUGGAUGUGGUACAAGCAAUUAUUCAUUGUGUGGACUUACCUAUGUUUGUAGUAAGAAUUGUAAAUGUGGUGGUGAUUGGACUGUUGUUGCACUGAAGCAGGUGGAUCCCUACUGCAAUUUUUGAGGCAUGUGAUUCUUGGCUGGAAUUGCAGCCAUAUAUGGAGAAUUCAGGUUUUACAAGGGAGGCACAUUUCACAAGGCAUUAUCGUGUCAGGACAGAACUUGUCAAAUGCAUUUGCACAUUGCUUUAGUUCUCAAACACUCAUUCCCUCCCCACACAUAAAAAUGUAUUUUAACAUCUCAGCAAUAAUUCUUUUACAGUAAAGUUGAGUAUGGUAUGCCAAAAGGAGUACCUGGGAAAGUGUGCUAUGCUGUCUUUAGUGCUAUGUGGAAGAGCAACAAAUAAUUUCUAAGGGGUGGCUUGUUAGACUUCUGUUUUGUUUUAUUAAAGAUUAAAGGUGUCUAAUCUUUAGCAUGUCGUGGGGGAACAAGUGACCAUGUGUCAACUAACCAUUUGAACUGCUAAAAGACUUAAUAUUUUGUUUAAACAUCCCAUAAAUAUUGGUAUGUGAAAUUAAGAUUCAAACUUGAGAAAAGUCUAUAUGCAUCAGCUUUGUUCUACCUUGCAUUUUAGUUUCUGUGCUAUUAAUAAGUCCCCUUAUCUGUAUUAUACUGGUAAGAAUUUAGGCACAUCAGUCGCAUGCCAUGAGGCCUAAACUUUCUCUUCUUGCUGAUGGGUGGGUAUGUGUUUGGCAGUGAUGUUCUUGCAGUAUUUUAGAGGGUUACAAGAUGGAUUCAAUUUUUGUUGUAAAUGGCUUUUUUAUAUAUAUAUUUGUAAGUUAAUUUGGUUAUUUUAGUGACUUGUUGAAGGGAAAUAUCAUCACUGCAUUCAGUUGGGCGCAUUGUCGGUGUAGUUCUCAUGUUUGUGGUAAUACCUUAGUAUUAGUCUUUCUGUUUCUUGCUACAUGUUCAACUGUGGACAGUUCACAUGAUCAUCCUUUGGCUGCUGGUACAGAAGGCUCUAUGUGUGAAAGGAUUCACUGGGGGCACACAGAAGUGGAACAUCAACUUUCAAAAGACAUUUGGAAUUCACUCUUCAGGCAUGAAAGAGCAAACUCUUGUAUAGCAGUGUGUGAAUGGGUCAUGUGAUGCCAAAUUAGGAUGAAAAGUAGGCUGAGGUCCAAAGGACUCUUGAAACACACACAAACUUUACCACUCUAAAUUUCCAUGUUACCUGACAAGUUGCUCACAAAGCAUUUCGCAGAAACAUCUGACGCAACACAAAGAGCUGCAGUCGGGGUGGGGAGGCAAUGCAGACAUGUAUCUGACCUAUUCUAAGUGAAUUUGUUUAGCAACAGAGUAUCAAUCUUUUUUAAAAAAUAAAUAAAAAGUAUUUCAAAAUUGCUUUUUGCCCUUCAACGCUGUGAUUUAUUUGGGCAUGAUUGGGCUUUUUUUGUAGCGUUUUCUAACAUGGAAAGUUUUCCGUGUUCUGAUUUUACAUGCUUCACUUGCACUUAGUAAGUAUACAUAGUUAACCAUAGUUUAAUGUUCUAGCAUUAUGGGAAUGAGUCUGUUUGAAUCUCAGGUUUGGGCUCCCUUUCCCUCUUGGCAUAUAAGGUAUGAGAUUGGAAGCAUUUAAACUUCAGUUUCAUCAUUUUAAAACUAUUUGCUCUUGACACCUUUCACUAAAACAUAGAUUAAACGAACCACAGUUUGUCAUUAGCCACAUUUAGAUCUUAGCAAGCCUUUUGGUUGUGCAUGUGGCUUCUUCAUGUGAGUGAAUAAGCCAGGAAGUUUUCAGUAAGAAUAGUUUCAAGUUUUGUACAAACUGGGAAACUGUGGUUACCAGCCUUGGAGCAGGCAAGAAUAUUAAGCAUAUUAAUAUUAUACUUCAUAGUAUGGCUUCAUGUCGUGACUUAGUUUCCCUGCUUGACCUUAACAGAGUAUCGUUAAUUAAAGAGUUCUAGUUUGUUUACUGCCCCUGCAAAAGAGGAAUAAUAAUAAUAAUAAUAAUAAUAAUAAUAAUAAUUUAUUAUUUAUACCCCGCCCAUCUGGCUGGGCUUCCCCGGCCACUCUGGGCGGCUUCCAAAAGAAUAUUAAAAUACUAUAAUACAUCAAACAUUAAAAGCUUCCCGAAACAGGGCUGCCUUCAGAUGUCUUCUAAAAGCCUGGUAGUUGUUGUUCUCUUUGACAUCGAGAGGUGAGAGGCUGCAUUUGUGCCCACGAGGCUUGCUCAUAUCUUGGCUUAUAAUGAUAAUCAGAACUAGGCCAUUGUCUGACAUAAAAACAAGCUCCAGUUUGUUAUACCUGGAAGCAUCCACUUACCAUUGACCUCAGUGGAACUGACUUCUGAGUAGGCAUGUAUAGAAUUGUGCUGUUAAUUUGGUUCAAACACUCUGUUUAAACAAAUUCAAAGUUGUAUUUCCUUGAAAUACCUGUAACCCCUUGAAAAAAUGACAAUAGCAUGUGAUCCACUUAUUUAAAUCUUAACAAAUAGAGAAGCCAGUGAGAAUUUUACAUAUUAAUUCCAGCACAUCAAAAGAGCUUUGAAAGAGAUAUAUGUAUGCUUCCUAGAGAUAGUCACUUGAAGAAGUUAAUUACAGCAUUGAAAGUGAUGAAUUAGACUGGUACAAUAGCUGUUUGUUAUAUUACAUAUAUCUAUCUAUCUAUCUAUCUAUCUAUCUAUCAUCUCAGGAAUUUUUCUGUACAAGUUAUGAUGCAGUUCUAAGCCAGGAUGAAAUUUUCCUAUAUUUUCUGGCUGUAGAAGAAAAAUAAGAACAAGAAGGAGUACCAAACCCAUGGUUAGCAUUUAGGUCAAAUUAUACUUGCACCAGCCCUUAGGAUCCUUUGUCAACAUGCCUGGUUUCACAAUACAAAUAAUGCCAGUCGGUCAUAUUAAGAAACUGAUUAGACACUAGCUUGGAAUCCGAUCUAUUAAAGCUGUUUUUAUUUGUUUGCUUUAACAUGUUUCACAGCUGUGAAAGCAGCUUAAUUUUCCUAUAACAUACUCAACCAGCUAUUUAGAUAGUGCCCCGAAGGAGGAAAUGUUUAUGUUUCAUUUACUGAAAAUAGUAAAUGUUUAUAGUGUAAUAUCUGGUUACAAAUGAAAUUAAAAACAAAUUUGAAAUAUAUAAGUGAAUACAGUUAUGGGGAAAGCGAAUGAACAUUAAAGUUUUAUAAUCAUAAAAAAGGAUGUAUUUUGAGUUUAAGAUGUGACCAAGUCAGAGUUAAAGCACUAUUACUUUCUAUUAUUUGUAGUUGGAGACUCUUAAGAAUGCUGUAUUCAGCCUAGCUUAUUGAUCUGGAUAUUUUUCUAAACGAGAGCAAAGUAAGAUACUGAAAUCCAAGUCGUCAUGAAAUUCUAUCUUUAAUCAAGAUUCAAUUGUACAUCAUAAAAUGAAAUAAAAAACUUUUUUAAAAAAAAUCAAGCUGAAAUUGGCAAAACGUAACUCUGGUUGCAAAGCACGGCUUUCCUAUUCUUUUCCUCAUUGCAGCCUGCUGAAAAGCUGCUCCUGAUAGUCAAGGGCCCCUUUGGAAUGGUAUGCAGUGUGACACCAGUGGUUGUAGCAGGAAGAGAGAGGUGGGGAGAGAACACCUUGGAUUAGUGGAAGUGCUUUCCUAUUGCGCAAAGCAUCAUUAGCUACAAGCAUGUCUUUCUAGUUUAUAGCAUGGUGUGUGUGUGUAGGAACAGUCAUGCACACUCUUACUUGGAAGCAAGUCGUAUCAACUUGAGUGGGAGUUGCUCCUGAGCACGCGAGGCAAUUAACAAUGCUGUGUGUUCUAACAAUUAAUAUUUCUUUAUUGAACAGCAAGCAUUGACUUGCCGUAUAAGCACUUUUCUCUCUUUGUCUCUACCCGCAGGCUAAUGGCCCCAUGGCUCCUGCCUGUAGAUAUUGUGGAGUAUAAUUUAGGAUCAUAGACAGCUGCUUUAUGCCAGACCAGACUUAUUGUCGGUCUAGCCCAGUAUUAUCUACCCUGAGUGGCAGCAGCUCUCCAGGGUCUCAGCCAGAGGUCUUUCCCUCACUCUUACCCCAAUACUUUCACCUAGAGGGGCCAGGGAUUGAACCGAAUACCUUUUGUUUGCAAAGGACGUGCUCUAUCACUGAUCUAUAAUGACCCCUUCGCUAAAACUCCCCCAAUUUCACGCUGGUAAUUGUCCAAAUUAUAGACAGCUGAACAUGAAUGACUGUUAUAAAGGCUUGGUUCCAGCACACAGGAUAAUUGGACAAGUGCUAGAGCCCAGAAAGGCCCACUCUUGCCAGGCUACUGCCAGUCUUUGCCCUGGGCUGCUGCUUAAUUAUGCUAAUAAGUGGCUGCUGUUGCGAACAGACUGCAUGCCUGCUCAGGGGGCAUAAACAUGGGGACAGUGGCCUGAAGGUGAUGCUCAGCAGUGCUCUGGGCCUUUGAGCCAGAACUCAUCUGCACCAUCAUGUGAAUUAUGUUGGCUCCACCCCAUUGUGUGCAUGUUGUGGCCAGUGGCGGAUUGAAAUGGCGGCUCUGGCAAGUCCAGGUUUCAGACCUGGCAAUCCAUUCAGUGCCACUAUGGCAGCCAGGCACAGCACUUCACUUCCUGUGGAAGUAGACUGCCAAUCAGAAUUUAGCAAGUGUGCUAUGCACAAGUUAUAGCCCCCAUUUCCUUUCCUUCUCCUAGGCUGAUGAGGCAGAGUUAAAUGCAGUAUAGAUUUGAAGAGAAAUAGCCAUUUUCUAUAACAUCGUGCUCUAUAAACUUUUUGGCAUAAUUCUCUCUAAUGGCAAACUGUGAUGGUGAGCACUGCCAAACUUGUAACUAUGGCAGGGACACUGAGGAAUAAUCUGCCUGAUCAGAGGAGCUCUGAUGUUAGCAGAAGUACAAAAAAGCUCUUUUAAAAAAGAACCAGGGGCACAGUUGUUGGCAUCCAUAUGUCUCAGGAGACAAUAGAGGAGUGUGCCUUUGGGGGUGAAGUCAACUCUACAGCUGUAGAGACCAAUACAGAAGAGACAUGUUUUGUUGCAAGUGUGGCAGAUGAAGAUGUCUGGUUGUGCUGCUGUAGAUGCAGCAUGGUAUUUCUUCUCUGUGUGCUCCUUCCAGCCGUCAUUACUCGUCUGGUCACUGCUAUGGAUGCACAACCUGGUUGCCGGUCUCCAGACACUGCAGUCAUCUGCAAGGGAUUCCCACACAGUGGAGUUGAUUUGCCAGCCUUCAUGUCAUGUUUGCAGACAUCUUUGUAAUGCAGAGCUGGUCUGCCAACGUGCCUGGUGCCUGAAGGCAGCUCCCCAUAGAGUACAUCUUUGGGAAUCCUGCUAUCUUCUAUUCUGUGGACAUGACCAAGCCAGUGUAGACGUCGCUUGAGACAGGAAUGAAAGCAUGCAGGGAUAGUGGGCUUGGGAGAGCACAUACUUGUUUGAGACUCUGUUCUGCCAUGUGAUGCCCAAAAUCUUCCUGAUGCAGUGCAUGUAGAAGGCUUUGAGGCAUCGUUCCUGGUGGUUGUAAGUUGCCCAUGACUCCCUUCCAUAAAACAGCAUGCUCAACACGCAAGCCUGGUAGACCUUCAUCUUGGUAUUGGAUGUUAGCAUCACAUUCUCCCAUACCCUUUAGGAGAGGUGAGCCAUAGACACAUCCAAAUAUCCCAACAAGAAUUGAGCAUACUUAAUAGCCAUGGAGUGCUGUGUCAAUUGUAAAACAGAAAAUACAGGAAGAGGUGAGGCUGAAUGGUGUUCUUGAAGGGAAAGAUUGACUGAAACCCUGAGCAUCAGCAGUACUGUUAGGAGGAGGAAUACACCACAACAUUUUGUUGUAGGUUCCACUUCUUCUUUCUUAUUGGUUAAUGGUGUGCAUGUGGAAGAACUGAAAGGGGAAAAGUCUUCUGCUGCAUUUCCAUUUUCUGUAGAACUAGGUAUGACAUGUAGAACUUAUAUAACAAAUAUAUGAAAUGGAGAAUAGAAUAUCAAAACAGUUGAAUCUGAUUAGGAUUUUAAACAUGUUAAUUGAUGAAUAGCUACCAUGACCAGUAGCAACAGGGCCACAUAAGUGCCAGUCUCUACCAUUUCAGUAGCAUCUGGAUUUAUAUAUUUCAGCUCUGUGGUGUUACCAGUAAAAAUCUUUAUUUCUCCAAGUAUGCUUUCUUUAUUGCUUUUAGAGAGACAUUUUAUUUUUAUUUUUUUUCUUGCUGCCUUUAAUACUAAACCUGACUUGUUUUGCUUUCUUAGGCUUCGAGAGCAAGAAAGAAAAGAGGCAGAAGAAGCUAGCCAAAAAGAAAUUGAAGAAUGGGAGAAGUCUCUUCUGUCUCAAGCAUCACCUACUCGGAUGGAAAACAUGUGGGAAAUCCCAGCUAUUGGUCAUUUCCUUUGUUUAGCACAGCAUAUUUUAAAUUUGCCUGAAAUAGUCUUUUAUGAGCUAGAACGCUGCCUUCUGAUGCCUCAGUGUAGCGCUUUUUUGUCUAAAAUAAUGACUUCUUUGUUAAGUCCUCCUCAUCGGAGAUCUGCCUUGCAUCGAAGGCCAACGCUUCCUUACAGGACUUGGGAAGCAGCACUUAAGCAGAAAGUACAGCAGUGGUAUACAGCUGUGGGGCAAACGGACAAUCCUGACAGCUGCGCAGAGAAACUUGGUCUUUGUCCUCAGUUUUUUAAAGUCCUUGGGGAAAUUAAUCCUUUGGAGGAAAAACCAUUUCAUGAGCUCCUGUUUUGUCAAAAGGUAUGGCUGCUGAAAGGCCUCUGUGACUUUGUGUAUGAGACCCAGAAAGAUGUGCAAGAUGCAGUACUCGGGCAGCCUAUCCACGAAUGCAGGGAGGUGAUACUGGGUUACGAUUACUUAGAGCAUGCCUAUGUUCACUUCCCACAGUUCUGUGGUGCAGAUGUACGGAUUUACAAGCAGAAACCUUUUCAUGCCCCAGAGUUUCCAGCUCCUCCCAUUAAGGUGAGAAGAGUACCGCGGAUUAAACUGGAGAAAGUGAAAUGUGAAUAUGUCUCCAAAAGCAAUGGCGAAGUUAGACUCAGCGCUAAAGAAGAGCUGCCUUGCACAAGGGCAGAAUCUGGAAACAAUAUCGGCUUAGCAAAGAUGCACUUGGACUGCUUGGAUGUGGCCCCAGAAAAUGGCACGAAUUCCAACUGUGAAGAGAAAAUUCGUAGGGACUGUGACUUUACAAUAGAUUGCUAUAAAGAAAAUCGAGAUAAAGCCAUUGUUCCAGGAGAUGAUGUUAACUUUGGGGGGCCCCUCAGCCCGGGAGAAAUCAGGGUUGUGGAAAAUGGGGAGAAAUGUGGUGAAUCUUCUGUAGUGAAAACCGAGACUACCCCGUUAAAGGAGAACACUCUUAAAACUUGCCAGAUGCAUGUGAAUGGGAAUCACAGCGACAAUCCAGACAUGAAUUGCCACAAAGUUGCAAAAGAAGCUACGUCAGAGAAUUCUGUAGAAAACAAAACACUACAGUUUACUAAAGUGCGCGCAAAGAAAAAGAAAAAGAAGAAAAAGAAAUUGAAAGAUAUUUUGAAUGAAAGCCUUCAGAGAAAGCGUGAGAUUCACCUCCACUCAUUGAAAUCGUAUAAACCUGAGAUCCAGAAUAAGUUGCUCAUGAUGAAGAAGAAAGCCAAACACAAGAAGCACAAAUCGGGUAAGGUGAUUUGAGCAAAUACCUUUAUUUCGGUCCUUUGCAUGCACAGCUGCGGAAAAAUUUUAAGUGUCUUUGUACUUAAAACAUUUGAUUUGGGCUCGUUUAAAAAAAUGAUUCUGAUACUUAGGAAUUUACAUUGCUUUUUCCAGCCCUGUUUUAGUAGCCUGUGGUAAAAAAUACCUGACUGCUCACAGAAGAUGGAAUGAAAAUUCCAGAUUACAAAAGAAAUGUUACAGGUGCUUCAACUGGCAGUCAGUCAUUGGGGAGUUCUUUAGCAUGAAGCUACAUAGGUAUCAAUAUAGUUUUCCUCGUAGGGCAAAUACGAGCGCAGUUUACAUUGGUAAAUUGAAUUGGGUUGGGGAGUGAGAAGGAGUUAUGUGUCUUUCAUUGAUCCAGUUUGCCACCCCACCCUGUGGCUUUGAAUUGAAAAAAAAAUGGGGGAUUAUGGGAGCUCCACAAUCCAGUUGCAAAGUACAGUGGUGCCUCGCAAGACGAAAUUAAUCCGUUCCGCGAGUCUCUUCGUCUUGCGGUUUUUUCGUCUUGUGAAGCACGGCUAUUAGCGGCUUAGCGGCUAUUAACGGCUUAGCGGCUUUAAGAAAAAGGAAACAAACUCGCAAGAACUCGCAAGACGUUUCGUCUUGCAAAGCAAGCCCAUAGGGAAAUUCGUCUUGCGGAACGACUCAAAAAACGGAAAACUCUUUCGUCUAGCGAGUUUUUCUUCUUGCGAGGCAUUCCUCUUGCGGGGCACCACUGUAACCUUUAUUGAGACCAAACAAAAUGUCACAAAAUUGUGGCAAGUUUUCACGUUCUGUUAUUCAGGCAAGAUCCACAAUGUGUGUGGGUAUGGGGAGGAGCAGGAAAAGUCACCACUCAUUAUCCACCCUGGUUGGGAUUAAAGAAGAAAGAGCAAUUAAUUUGGGUGUGGACAGUGGGAGAAGGAACAAUGAAUAAGGUUAAAAAAAAGAGCCUUUUAGUGUGUGAGAGAGAGAAGGGGGGAGGAGAAGGGACAGAGCAGCAGAAAUAAUUUGCAACAAUUUUCAUAUGCGGACAUUGUAAUUAAAGGUUGUUUAAAAGUAUAAAUAAUGUUUAGAAAGUGUGUUCUCCCCACCCCCACAAACACUAGAACAUCAGGAUCAUCCAUCCAGUGCAAUUGGCAGUAGGUUGAAAACAGAAAUACUAUACUGUUUUUUUCAUACAAUGCAUAAUCACAAUUAAGGUAUGCAUUACCAUAUAAUGGGGUGAUGGUUGCUAACUUACAUGGCUUUGAAAAAUAAUUAGACAAAUGAGUAGAUGUUAGACGUAUCUUACGUUGAUUAGCCAUGAUGCUAAAUCAUUCCCAAAUAUUAAGAGACAAUAUAUCUCUGAAAAAUCAAGUGCUAUGGAUAAAAACAGGUGAUGAUUGUUGCCCUUACACCCUGCUCCUGUGUUUUCCUGGAAGCAUUUGGCUAGUCACUGCUAUUUACAAAAUUCUUCUUUCAAUAAUUCUUCUAUUUUUCUAUGAUCCCUGAGGAGUUGAAGUUAGCAUCCUUUCUCUCUGGAGUUGUCCCAAGAGAGAGACAAUUCUGUACACCUAUCUUUUGUCAGGUGGAACAAUAAAUAGGUAACAAUGGGAGUGAUAUUACCUAUCAUAGGGAUUAUUGAAUGUCUCUUACAAUAGAUGCAUGCUUGUUAGUAUCAUUAACAUGAAACUCUAUGUUGCUACCCUGUUGUACACAACUCCAGAGGGGAUAUCUUUCAUGAAUAUAAAGUAUUUUUUAAAUAGGUGAGAUAGGGGGUGUAUCCUCUGUUUUUAGUGGUCCCAUACAGCUGUAUGCCUGGUUUACUUCCUUUAAUACUUAUUUGCUCUAUGCAAAGCACAUUGAUGACUCAAAGUAAGUGAUUGGCUUUAGGGCUAAGAAGGAUUUCUGCUCUUAUCAGUUGUGCAAAUGCAGAGGACUGUGGAUGUUUGUCUUUUUGAAAGCUUUAGGCGUUGACUCCUGGCAAGUGAGCUGACAAGCUUUUUGCAGGUAGAGAGCAGUAUAGGUUGUUAAGGUGCAAUUGUAAUGUACGUAUAAGAUUUGGGGAAAUUUUGUUUUUUAAGCGUGUUUUCAGAGUCGACAGACUCAACGUUCAGGCCUAUGUCUAUAUAGUUCUCUUGGGAAUAUGAAUAUAGAGAGCCUAUUGUAAGAGGCAGGUAUAGUUUUGAUAUGGGAGGAGGAGUCACAAUAUGGAAUUUGAGCAGAAGGAUUACUAAAAAGUAUUAAAAUAACUUCUUGUAUGUCUAAUUUUAUGCAAAUGUUACUACUCAAAUAUACCUUCCUGAAGAGAGACUUAUCACAGUUUGUUGGUUGUUACACAGUCUUUGUUACUAUUUAAUUUUCAAGACUUUAUGUAAUUUGAAUAUAUGGAUAUAUGGAUAUAUAGAUCUUGAUAUUGACAAAUUCAAUCUUUUUCUCUCCCUUUAAGGAAAGAAAUCAAUAUCUAAAAAAGCAGUUACAAAGAAGAGGAAAUCUGUUACGAAGCCUGCUGUUCCAGAAUUUCAGGUAAGUGGUUCUUGUUUUUUUAAUUAGUUUUGCACUGUUUUAAUUCUUGUACUUCAUGUAGUAGAAGGCAGAAAGCCAAGAAAAAGCAUUUUGUUUUUCUCUACUGGGACAGAUGAACUGAAUUAAGCUGACUGUAUAUUCAGUUAUGUAUAUUUUAGUUGAUACUGAUAGUAAAACAUACUAGGAUUUGUACUAGAAUUACAACAGCUAGAAUCCAAAAGGGCUGUGUGCAGUUUCAUGCAAAAUAACUAGGGCUUUUAUGGGGUGUCUUCCCACCAGAUCUAUUCAUCCCAUGAAAAGCCACACAUGAAAAGUCAGGGUUGCCUGACCUUCAGAACAGUAGGCAAUGCAACAUGUAGCGCUGUUUUUUGGAUUCAGAGGGAGUGGGGAAUGUGCUGUUUAUGGAUCAUAGAUGAAUAGACAAAUAACUUAGAAGGGAAUAAAUUCACUUGUGAUGAAUAAGCACUAAUAUCUAAAGUAAAAAUAUAUUUUCCCAAUUGUUGUGUUUUUUUUUAAAUGCCAGUUGAUACUGACAGUCACUAUAAAUGUUAGGAUUAAAAAAAAGAAAAUUAUGCCAGUGUUUUCAGUUGUAACAACUCCUGGAACCAAUAGAUUGGACAAUUCCCUCUUGUGUGUGGCGCUGUUUUAGCUACAUAGGAUCCACACUGGGAGAAUGAGUUCCCUCUUGUUCUAUGGGAAAUUCCUCUCCUAUGUUGACAAAAUUACCAGAUUAUGAGUCCCAUCAGUGGAGCCCUGCACAAGAGCUUCCACUUGUGCAGCAGGGCUUUCCCCUUCUCCUUCCACAGCAGGUCCCCCAUACUCCCCAGAACUGCAGGUUGGGAGCACUCCCGGGACAGUUUGCAGAGGAAGAGAGGGGAUUAUUCUGUCUGGCAAAUAUAAAUGUUUGCCUUUAUGGAAUGAUCACCGUAGUGUGAUAUUUGUAUCCUAUUAGGUUUAGUCAAAAAGGGUGGGAGGGGGACAGAAAAAGUUGGCACUGACCUCUAGGUCUGUAACCUGACCUCUAGGUCUUUAAUGGGGUUGCCAACAUUUACUGGCUACUGCUGUUUCCUUGCCUGCAACAACCAGUUCACUGGGUAACAUUAGCUAUGUUGGUUCCCAUGCCCUAAAUUCACCCUGGUUUAUUUCUGCAGGUUGCAUGGUUGUUAAAGGUGCAGGAACAGGCCUAAUUAAGAUUCUUCUGGCCAAAUGGCAAUCCUAGUUUUCAAAAGUUGCAAUUGAAAAAUAUAAAUUCAGCAGAUAAAGCAUGCACAGUUGCUCCUGAAUCUCUCCCUUGCUUUUUCUCCCUGAAUGUUAUAAACUAUUAAAGGCUAAAGCCUGACCUUUGAGUACUUUCAUCUCUACCUUUCAUCUCCUUUCCCACCGCAAGUCCUUUUCUGUCCCUCAGACAGCCACAUUCUGUAAUUUUCCAACAGACCCUCCAUGCCGGUCAUUCACUCUCAACUCCACAUUGCAUUCCAUUCUCACAGCAUGUUUAUACUGAGCAUAUGUGCAGGACAGCCUUAUUAAAUUCAGUUUAUUAACAUCGGCUAUCAAAAUGCCAGUUUAAUAAAAACUACAAGUCAUGGGUAAUGGGACAUGCCGGACGUUCCCCUUGACCUAACACAACAAACCAUUUCCCAAAAGACUCAAUACAGAUGGGGAAAUAUUUCUCCCAAAACCACAACAGCAAAGUUUAUGGAAGAAAGAUGAACUGGCCAAAGUCUCUCACUAAAACUCAUUCUUCCCAAUUUUGGCAUGGACCAUCCUCAAACCUAUGUCUCCUACACUUGCAAGUUUCAAAUCAACCCAUUAACUAUUUUCUAACUUUGGAUGCCAUAGAACCGACUGUUGCUCAUUAUAAUAGUGGAAUGUGAUUUGGUAGAACACCUUUAACCUAGGGUGGCCCUAAAAUACAUACAUAAUUUUAUUUGUAUGCCACUUUUUCAUAGUUCAAACCAUGCUCGAGGUGGCUUAUAACAUGAAAAAAAUACAUAAUUCAACACAUAACAAAAGUAGCCAUAAACAAUAAAUAAAAUAUCAAAAAAUAUACAGCCAGAUUGAACAAUUUCCAUAUAAUCAUAAUAAAGAUAGAAAUUAAUAUCAAUAACAGCAACAGCUCCCGUAAGCAAUACCCCAGCCCAAGAAUCUCUUUAGCAGCCUCAGCUUUCGUAGCUAGAGUCAGUCAAGGCUCCCUCCCAGGCCAGGUGGGAAAAGACCUGCAAGGCAGGGAGCAGGUCAGACCCAUUGACUUCUGAAUAAAUAUGUAUCAAAUUUUACUGAAUGUAUUAUAUAUUUUAAAACUCCCUGCUUGGCUAUGUUAUCUUUCCCCCCUCUUAUUUCAGCUUAUUUGCACUAAUCUCGAUGAACUCAGGGAAUUAAUUAGAAAAAUUGAGAAUGAACUCAAAGAUGUGGAGAAUGUUAAAAAGAAAUCGGUAUGUCUACUUUUUUCUUUUUUUAAAAUGCAACAUGUUUGGAUGGAUUAUCACUUACAGGUGUUUUUAAUUUGUGCCUUCUCCAGGUGAACAUGGAAAACUUUUUAAAAGUUUCCACUGUGGCCUAUUACCAGCUACUAGGAAGAACAAUAGUGUUUGAGCAAUACUCUAGGGCUUUUUUAGUCAAAUAAAAGUUGGCUUGUGGCUAGCUAUGAAGACCAGUGGUUCCUGAAUAGCCAAGUAUUGCAGACCCCCUGUUUUUUAAAAGGCAAGCCAUGAACUCCCCACUUUUGGAAAAAAAAAUAUCUCUAUGGUAGCUUUUGUUGUGUGAAUGGUACCAUGGACGCCCCCACACCCCUGUCGGUCAUUGAGAACUGCUGCUGUAGACAAAGGGCUGUAUCCAGUAAAGUUGCCCAUUCGUGCAAGGACUUCUGCUUGCACAACGGAACUUUCCCUCCUUCUCAGUGCCCCAGGUAGAAGUUCCUGCACAAACAGGACAACUUCAUUGGAUAUAACCAAUAAGGUGUUCCUCUUCUUUACUCUCACUGCUGUUUUGUGAAGUGCUGCCUUUAAUCAGUUGAAUUUAGGUUGUUACCUUGCUGGACGUAUCACGUUCAUAUGGUGCCUAGCACACUGUUCCAGUUUUGAAUCUAAGAGAAAACCAUGUGUGAGCCUAUAUGUCAUCUCAUAUUGUAUUAGAGUGAAAGUAAACUUCGUCAUGCUCCAUAGUUCUAGGGAUAUGUGGAUAUAACUUGUAUUCUGCCCAAUGAAUACUGAGAUAACCAACUGGGAUAUCAUCCAACUGAAUUACAAGAAUUUUGAAAGAAUUGUUAGCAUGAUAAGAUGCCAAAAGGUUGAUUCCAAAGGUAUGCAACUAUUCACAGUUGUAAAUGGCUUUUAGAAUUGCAAAUCAUGCAGUCAGGUUCCUGCAACUUUUUUCAGUAGUUACAGGUUCAGAGAAAUGUUCCUGCUGCUACUUUACUGUUAAGUGGAAGAGAUCUGUUGAAUAGGGCAAAGGUGUGUAUUUGUGGCAAAACUGCUGCCCCAACCUGCUUGUUUCAUAGAUAUUAACUUGCUCCUGUGUACUGUAUAUGUAUAUUUGUAUAUGUGUCAUGGAGUUGCAUGGGUUGGAACUUGAAGAAUAAAUAAUUUAACUGGACAGUGGAACUUACUCUACAGAAGAGUAGUUGAUACGUCUUUCUGUACUUUUCUGGUAGAAUGUAGAUUAACAGGUUAAUCAUAUGCAUGUUUACUCCAAAAUAUGACUUCAUUGAGUUUUAUGGUACUUGCUUCCAAGUAAGUGCCUAGAAUAGCAUUUCAGGUGUAAAGUCCAGCAGUCUUUUUCCUAAGCCCUUGAGAAUCCAUAUGUACAACUUCUGCCUGCUUUGUGUUUACAAUAUGAUAGAAAUUGCAGGCAAGCUCACUCUAGUUAAAUAUUAAUCUACAAUAGUUCUAUAUUGUAUUUGUUUUCCAUCACCAAUCUUUCAUCCAAGCUCCAGUCUAUGUUUUUCUUACCUUGCAUUGCUGACAUCUCAGUUCACAAUACAUUUGCUUUAAACACUGCUUUAAAACACACACACACACACACACACACACCCCUUUCAAUUCAAUUAAGUUACCAUUAGGUUUUUGCAGGAACAAGUUGAUAUUCAGAACUUAAAAGCAGGACAGUCUCAUUUGGGAUCAAAUCCUGUAUCUGUUGAACCAAAUGGAUUUAAGAUUGUGCUGUUAAACACGCAUGAGCAUUUAAACCUAAAUUUAGGGUCCUGUCAUGUGCCAUUGCCACACCCAGGUCUGUGUUGAUUUGUUUUUAUUAAUAAAUUUGCUUCAAAAUAUUUGCCCUCCUUUCGGAGGCUUCAUACGCAGUAUUAAAUUCCAUAUUCCAUCUGCUUUUAAAAUCUGUUAUCAUUAGGGCUGGGCGAUAUGAUCCUAUGCCCUUUUAAAAUGUGGGGGUUUGGGGGGGGGAGGGGGUUGGGUUGUUUUUAUUUUGAUUAUAUAUUUUGUGGUUCUGUAUUUUGAUUUUGUUCUGUGAACUGCCCUGAGACCUCCGGGUAUAGAGUGGUAUAUAAACAAUAAUGAUGAUGAUGAUGAUGUCAGCUUUUCAGCAUCGCAAUGUAUCACCAGUGAUACAUAACAAUGUUGAAAAGUGGAGGGAGGAACAAACUGCAUCAGCCCUGCAAGGCGCCAGGGUGAAACUGCCUCAGCUUCCUUGGCAGGAGUUGCGGCAGUUUCACCCUGGCUGUUCGCAGGCCAAUGCAGCUUGUUCCUCCCCCCGAGCACCAGGUGCUGGCAGCAGAGGGAGUCAGGCGGAGGCAAACUCCACCCCCAGUAUACUCCCAGUUGAAGGCACCAUCACACUCUGGCCCUCAAACCGGUCCUGGGCGAUGUAUCAAUACAUCACCCAGGCCUAAGUUCCAUAUUCUUAUGUUCACCUUCAGAUUUUCUAGACCAUUCACUUAGAUUUCACUGCAUACUCCAAAAGGAAUUCAAAGGGCUCCCUGUAACUGCUGAUUGGCAGUUAAAGCGACCUCUUUUGAACUUUUGACAAGUGUCAAUGGCCUGCCAUGGCUAGGCAAAGAAUUGGGAAUCUGCUAAGAAAGAGGUAUGGAGAACAGCAGAGGUAGGUCACAGAUAUGUUGAGCAUAUAAUUCAUUUAAAUUUGUCAGCGAGCCUAUUUGUAGGUUCAAAUUUGUAGGUUCAAAUUUGUCAGCGAGCCUACUUGGCCCAGGUGGUCAGUUCACUACCGAGCGACAAGAUGACUAACAAGUAGUGGCGGCAGGUCAGUUGACGUUUCAGUUCAACAUCUGAAAUUAGUCUUGAGCUGUAAUCAAACUGCAAUCCACUGUAAUCCGAAGUACUUUCAGAAUAAUGGCAAAGUCCUGUGCAUGGCAACCCAGACGUAUACUCCAUUCAUCUUCUUUUGUAUAGAAUUACAGCCUAAAUCAUCAGACCUGUGGGUACUUUGUCCUAGGAAUGAGCGGCUGUUUAAAGUUUCAGAAAAAAUGGGCAUUUCUUAGUUGAUUUCCUCGCAAUCUAAAUAAAGAUGUUUUCACCUUAGCUUUCUAUUCAUGACAUUUUGAAAUACAGUGGUGCCUCGCAAGACGAAAUUAAUCCGUUCCGCGAGUCUCUUCAUCUUGCGGUUUUUUCGUCUUGUGAAGCACAGCUAUUAGCGGCUUAGCGGCUAUUAACGGCUUAGCGGCUAUUAACAGCUUAGCGGCUAUUAACGGCUUAGCGGCUUUAAGAAAAAGGAAACAAACUCGCAAGACGUUUUGUCUUGCGAAGCAAGCCCAUAGGGAAAUUCAUCUUGCGGAACGACUCAAAAAAUGCAAAACCCUUUCAUCUAGCGAGUUUUUCGUCUUGCGAGGCAUUCGUCUUGCGGGGCACCACUGUAUGUAUUUUUGCUUAAAAGGACAUAUCUGCUAGCUCCUGCAGUUUUACACUUGCAAAUAUGUUUUUGGGAGUAGUCCAGUGCCACUCAAUGGAAAGGUUAUUUUGGGGGGGCAUAAAAUUUCACAGUAAUUUACCUAUGAGUUACUUUUCUCCUGUUGUGGUUUUCAGUGGGAGCCGUUUUUAAUUUAGGUAUUUAUUUGUAUAUCCUCUCAAUGCUGGUCACAUAAUAAAACAGAUGAAAAGAAUAAAACAGAAACCUCUGGUCUUACCAUUGUGAAAAUAAAUUGGAGGAAAGUCUGUUGAUAUAUUAUUGUACUAUGAAAAGAUUGUACUGUGUAUCUUUAUCACAUCCAAACGCACUACAAUAAUGUCCUAUUUUUAUGUAUACAGGGAAGGUGGUAUCACCGAAAGCAAGCUGUAAAAGAACUACACUGUACUCUGCUGCGACUGCUCAAUGAAUUGCUACCAUGGGAACCAAAACUAAUGAAGGCUUUUCAAAGAAAUAGGUAAUUAGCUGUUUUAAAUAACGUGAAAUGUAAGGACUCUGCACCAGUUAUCUUGUUUUGCGAUUGCUCUCGUGGUACAGACAAGAAGCCUGACAUUUUAAGGUACUUCCCAGCUUAGACAGUGAUGGGUCUAGGUAAUUAUGUCACCAGAUCUGUGUCUCUAGCCAGAAUUAUCUAGUUUGUUUUUCCCCCAAUGAUUUUGUUAUUGCAAAUUCAUUAAAGAAAAAAAGAAAAAGAGACUGAGAGAAAACAAAGAAAGGAAGAAGCACAAAAAGAAAACCCCAUCAGCUCACAUGAAUGAUACAUUUAAACAUCAAUAAACAUCUUAAUUUACACAUAUAGAUCAAUGUGCCACCCAUAUAUUUAUACAAGCAAAGUAUGCUCAAAUGUAGCAGUGACAUUAGGGUCAUCAGACCAUUGUGUAAUAAAUGGUGGAUAUUUAUCUUUCCAGGCUUGAAGUAACUCGCUUAAUGACCAUUUAGGCUGUGUAAGAUCCUUUAUUGUCCUGCCAUCACCAUACAGCAGGAAUAUCAUGUCAAAGUCGUUCUUUCUUGUGAUGUUUUGUUGAAGGUCUCGGUUAAAAAAGGAUUAUGAUGACUUCAAAAAGCAACCAGAUCAUGAUAAAUUUACAAGAGAACAGUGGACUAAUGAGGAUGGUGAAGUAAACACUGGCAUGGAGGUUUCCACUAAAGCAACGAGUGAGUCCCCUGAGUACAAUGAACUUCUGAAAAGGGAUUAUACAGAUACAGGUAAGUCCUUUGCUAGUCAUUGUGAGUACCUAGGCACAUACAGCAGUCCUUGCAUAUGGUUCUUAUUUUAGUCAGCUGGAGAGUUUGAGUGGUACAACUCAGCCCAGUUCCCACCAUAAAAUUUGUGGGGUGCUUAUUUAUUAGGGGGCAAAACUCAGCAAUUUAUCUAGCUUUAGGGUCUCGUGAGGAUUUGAGUAGGAUUGAGCACAGCUGUGCUCACUCAUUCCUGUGAACAGUUGCUGCUGCCUCCUUUCCCCUGAAACCCAACAACUUACAUUUGGGGAAGAAGAAAACAGAGAAGAUAUCCCCAGUAGAAGAAGCCAUGGCCCUGGGAACACCUGCUGUCUUCCCUUUUCCUUCCUCCAAAGGUGUGUUCUUUGGUUUGGGGAAAAGGGAAAUUAGCAGAGGCAGGGGUUUUUGAGUACCUUUUAAGCCUUUUGCAAGUGUUCAAUGGGCACACUUGCGAAAGCUCAGCCUAUUUCAGGGUAAAUGGUGGGAUGUUCAUGAGUCGCCACUAUUUUUGAUUAAAAGACUUUCCAACUUAAGCAGUGUGGUCUUUUACUAAAGAAGCUUUACUGUCAGUUAAAACGUAGGUAUCUGAAUUUAACAUCUUGGAAAACAUUCACAAUUUUAGUUUGUAACGACAUACAUACACACAUAUAUAUCCAUACACACCCCCUCCGAGAAACUGCUUCCAACACAUAUACAAACAUAAUAAAACAUCAACCAUUAAUAGUAACAGUGUGAUCCAAUCUAAAAAGUCACAAUAACUUUAAAAUAAACAACUUGUAUCAAAUAAAGCAAUAUUCAACAAUCCAUUAAAACCUAAUACUAAACAGUAAAAAUAACAUCAGCAAAUAGUAAUUAAACAGUAUUGACUUCCUAAUGAGGUCUUAUGCCAGUACAGAAAAUGUUAGAAAAUGUAAUUGGAUAUAGAUUAAGUUACUGUCUUCUGAAACUGUGUAAUUAGCAAGUUCUUGAUGAAAUAAAUAAAUAAAUUAAGAAUAUUCUCAGGACCUCCUCCUAUUGGUUGGAAGGGUGGUGUAAAUAUAUUUUACAUUGACAGAGCCUCCACCAACAAUAAAGUUCUAGAAACAUUUUAAUUUAGCUUUUUAAAACUUCCCUUUUGCUUUCUUCUCUCUCUAGAGGACAUGAAACUGUCAGAAAUGGAACUUGCUGCAGGAAAAUCCAGACUGUUAAGGAAAGAACUGGCUUGCAAAGAAAUACAGAAGAUGGUGCCUAAAUCUUUUAAACGCCAGUCCAAGCAAAACAGUUACCUAGAUGAUAGCACAAGAGAGUUUUCACCAAGGAAAAAGCUGAAAUUAAGCACAGGUGAUACCACAGUCUAUGGUAUGGAAAAUGACUUGUCAAUUGAUGGUGGCUUGAAUAAACCUAAACAAACAGAAUCCUCAUCUUCAGAAUCAUUGGACACGACAGACUCACCACCAUCAAUAUCAAGCUUAAUAAAAGGGACCAAACCCAUCCAGGCCUUGCUUGCUAAGAAUAUUGGGAACAAAGUGACCUUAACAAGUCAGCUUCCACCUGCUGCAGGUAGAAGCAUUUCUACGUCUGAAAAACUGAUUAUGUCAACUAUAGGUUCUUCCCCAGUCAAACCAGUGUUGCCCUGCCAGGCCAGUUCCAAGAGCCCAUUACAAGUGUUAUACAAAAUACCCGAUGGCCACUGCAUGCCAAUAGACUUGCAUAACAAUUCACUGAAAAUUCAGGUGCAGCCUGUGGCCGAUUGUAAACCAGGAGAAAAAACCACAGGAGAGAAACUCAUGCAGCAGGUCCUUAUUUUGCCUAAAAAUUUCCUUAUCCACCACAGAGAGGGUAAAAGUGUCGCAAAAGAAGUUCCGCCGUUGCAGCAGAAGACUAAUGAGCAGCACCGUCUCUCUCUUCCACAGUCAACAGCUGUCAACACUACUUUAGCUCCUACCUUUCCAGCUUCGGUUAUAAAUGCUGCUACUGCGUUUCUCCCCGGCACAAAUUUUAAAAAGAAUACUACACAUUUGCCGCAAGGAGCUAAUGCAGCCAAGAGUCUUUCGGCGUUGCCCUCUGUAUCAGCCACAGGCAACGUGUUGGCGUCAGUGGUGAAAAUGAGCCAAAGUGAGACUACUAAAACUAAGACUGUUGUUUCAGGUACCUCAUUCCCUGUCACUUCAUCUACAGUUCAGGCGCUGACAACAACACUACCAUCAAGUGUUUCUACUUGCACCAGCGGUUCCUCCCCAAGACUAGCAUCCCCGCAGAAAAGUGACGCCGACGAACCUAAACAGGAGCUGAAAACAGUCUGCAUCAGAGAUUCGCAAUCCAUCCUUGUUAGGACGCGAGGUGGGAACACAGGAAUCGUUAAGGUGCAGACAAAUUCAGACCAGAUUUCCCCUAGUAACUUAUCUCCGGGUUCCGUUUUCACAUACGCACCUCAGCUUCAGGCAUUUUUAGUGCCAAAAUCCACACAAUUGUCAACCUCUACCUUUUCGGCUGCGACAACAGUCGUAUCUAAUAUCCCAGCACUUAUCCAGUCCUCUCCCACAACUUCUGUUUCCAUUCCAGCUGUUCCCAGUGGUGUAAGUCAGGGAAUAGGGAAAAACAUGAUGUUUGCGUUUGGGCAACCAACAAACAGUGCUACGGUGGGUCACGGAAUGCAAAAAACUGCACAUGUGUCCUCUCCCACUUUCUUAUCUCCAAUGUCAUCAUCUAAUAUCGCCAUGCCGGCACAUCCUAACAGCUCUGGUAAUGCAAAUAGCAUUUCGCCGGGUAAUAGUGGGCAGAAUGCCAUAUGCACUACCCAGGCUUCUUUUAUUAAUCAGCAAGCUGAUGUAAAUAGUAUGAACUCUCCGGUUACACAGCCUGAGGCCACACCUAUAAGCAGUGGAAGUGUUGUGAGUGGCACUCAAAUUCAAAAACUUAUGUUGGUCACAAAUCCCCCCCUUCUUCCCGCUUGCGGAACUGCAGGAGUCAACCUCGUCCCUGCUCCAACAUCCACUGGCAUUACCGCCCAGAAACUGGUUUUCAUUAAUAGACCACUUGCCAAUAUUCAGUCAAAUACCGGUUUGACCGCAGAGCCCUUUAAACAGACCUUCUCUCCUUCGAUGGGAAAAGCAUUUGUUAAAAGCACAGAGCAGCCUCAGUUAGUCCUGAUUCCAUCUACCGUGGGAGCACCACUUAAAGUUAAUACAUCGCCAACGGUUUCUCAAAUAAAAGAUGUGAAAAUAGGACUUAAUAUUGGUCAGGCCAUCAUAAAUAGCACAGCUAAUGCACCAAGUAUUCCACCAAUUAACAUUAUACAAUCGGCAGCUCCCAAAGAUGCGGAAGAAAAGAGUAGCCAGGGUGUAAUUUUGCCAUUGUCAAAUGAUGGUUUGGUUCCUCUGUGUUCAAGCUUGGCAAAGAGUGUUACACCAGUCGAAGAGUCUCUGAGUCUUACAACAAGAGCAAUUUCUACAGUAACAACAACAACAUGUUUAGAUGCUGCUUCUGUGGCAUUGAGUGGAACCACUUCUGGAACAUGGUCUACUGCCUUGGCUGGUGGAACAGAUACUUCAACAAAAGUCACACCCGUUUUAACUACUCGCCUGCGUACCUCUAAUGUUGGAAAUACUGUAGCUAUAUCUACUGUGAAAACGGGACACCUUGCUUCAUCAGUACUAAUUUCAACGACUCCACCAGCUCAUCCAAGCUUGUCAUCUACUUUUCAAUUGCCAGGUACAGUUGCCUUGCCCAGACCUGUGAAUAGUGCCCCCAAAAUGAUACCAACAGCUCCUCAAUUGCCAGCAGUUUCCCCUGUUGUUCAGUGUAUGCCCCUUUCGAAAGCUCAACAAUCCACACUCGUUCAGUUUCAGUCACCCAGAAUUCCAGCUGCAGUGCCAACAAAUGGAAGUGCUCCCAAACCUCAAACUGUAUUGGCCCCCAGUCCACCAAAUACAGGUAAAAUUGUUAGCUUUUCUAACUUAGUUUCCCUACCUUGUCAGCCGCUGCCUCCUAAUUUUGUAAAGCCCGCCCCUGCUUUCACUUCUGCUCCUACUGCCGCCACCACUCAGACUGUUCCAGCUUCACCAUCUAUAGCUGGCAAUGUAGGAGGACAGCUGAACGAGUCUUGUGUUCAACAAAAAAUAAUUAUUAACACGUGUACACCUUUGGCACCUGGAACUCAGAUAAUGAUCAGUGGCACUCGGUUCAUUGUUCCACCUCAGGGUCUCGGAGCCGGCAGCCACGUCCUUCUCAUCUCUACAAAUCCAAAACUUGGCCCUCUUUUAACUGUUAAUAAUGGCCAUGGGCUUCAAGGUGUAUCCCAUGCUUCUCCUUCUCCCCAGAAGACUACACAAGUGUUGAGCAACGCAUUAAGCUGGCAGCCGUCAAAACAGCCUUUGAAAAGCUCUACCAAAAUCGUGAACGCUCUUGGGACUGCAAACCCCCUGCCAAUUGUACACGCAGCGCCACAAGUUGCAAACAGCGCCGCAAAACCAAGCGCCCCAUCUUUUGCAGCAACAUUGUCUGCGCCUUUGGUAACCACCCGGCCCGGCGGUCUAGCUAAAACGUCUUUGGUUUGUGCCACUCACACUGCUAACUCACAGUUGCAAAGCAGUACACCUGUAUUACAGCUAGACACAUCUAUAAAAAAACUGAUGGUCAGCCCAGAAGGAGCCAUUCUGAAUGCUAUAAAGACUCCAACAUCGAAAUCUUCCUCUCUACCAUCGUCCUUCUCUCCUGACAUAGUUUCCACAACCAGGAGUCCUGCUGUUGUCUUCCCUAAUUUUCUGAAACCCAACAUAGGCGUGCCUAACACAGCUGCAUCUUAAAUGUAAAGUAAACGAGCCCUUAAAAUGUUGGAGCAUUCUUUUGUGUAUGAAGUUAAUUUAUAAUUGUUUAAGAAAUUCUUCUGAUAUUUGAAACAUACCAGACAUGAGGCUGAUGUACAUGAACCCAUGGCAUGUGAUGGCUACAUUUGAGCACAUGGAAGCCGCCAGGCAAAGAACUGAGCUGUUGUGCAUGUUCUUGGGAACUCACAGGCUGAAUAGAUUCAGAUUCUUCACAUCAGAUGUAUCAGCUGCUAGUUUGCCAUUAAAUUGGGAGCUGCCACAUGCUCAAAUUUUAAAACGCCUACCAUCUACCCAAGGGUUUAUGGCCAUAGUUGAUUUUCUAAAAAUUACUUCAUAUUAGAUUGCAGCUGCCUACAAUUUUAUUUUUAAAUGGUGAGGAACCUCAUCAUUAAAAUACUUUUCAGACUUAUACUUUCAAAGGGUUUUUAUUAAAGUGGUCAGAAAAGGCCGUCUGUUAAGGUGUGUUGUAGAAAGCAACGUUUAAUUUUUGGUUAGCACAUUUACAGGGAUAUGUUUCUUCUUCAAAUUUAGACUUUUCCAUCUUAAUUAUAAACACAGUACACUUUUUUUAAAAAAUUACUUGGUUCUCUCUCUCUUUCUUUUUUUAAAGCAUAUUUAUGCAUUGUAAAAAUGCAAUCUAUGGUGUAAAAUUGUACAUAUCCCUGACUCCCUAACAGUAUGUACUAAACUAUGUGUAAAAAGAACUACUCUGUCUUAUUUAUGUUUUGUUUACAUAAUGUAUAGUUUUUUAAGUAUUUUAGUAAUUUUGGACAAGUGUACUGUUUAGCAAUAAUGCAGAAAUAUCUGCAUGUAAUAAACAAAGUUGCCGUAUUUCUUUGAUAAUGUAUCAGUUUCAUCUGGAGAAGAAAUACUUGAUAGCACAGGGUUAUGGAAUGUAUGGGCAUUAAGAAAUUAUUAUGUUGGGAUUAACAGAAAGGUUGUGGUCCUAAGCUCAGAUACUUAGACAUAAAUUCCAUUAAAACUAAUGGAAUUUUUUGCCAAGUAAAAGUGCCCAAGUUUGUGGUUUCCCAGCUUUUGAAUUCUUUCUCUUGCUCUUUUGUGCAUCAUUUGAAACCCCCCCCCCCAGCCUAUACAGUUAUGGACAUUUGAGCUUGUUCUAUUUUCACCAUUGCGACAGGGAGUGAAAAUAUUCCUUUUUCCAUUAUCAGGAAGAAAAAAAGAAAGAUUGCCGGAUUUGAUUGCAGAUCUGUUCAUUGUGUCAAAGGCAUUGAGGGGUUAAAUGUUAACGAAUACUUCAGCUUUUAUAUAAGUGACUGUAAAGAGAAACUAAGAAAAGGUUUUCUAGCAAAUAUGGUGGAUGGGGUGGGCUACAGAUGCUGCAAGCUGGAAGAAUUGGGGAAUUGAAUCUUAUGUGAGAAAUUGCUGAAAUUCUGAAUGCUCCUUCCUGGUAACAGAUAAGCCUGGGACAAGGGCUGCACUUGUUAGAAGGACGGAAGAUGAGUAAAGAACUGGAUUGCCUGUUUUAAGAAACUGAACUUAAAGUUGAAUUAAGCAGCAAGCUCAGGAACUGUUCUCUACAUAAAACAGUUUGAAAUGUGACCUUUCAAAACUGAACCUAUCGGAAGGGUAGAAAUCUAAGUCAUGCUUAUUCACACUUUGCUUAAUUUAGUUGGGCAGGAUUUUAUAUUUGCAGGGCUAGGCUGUCUUUAGCCAAGUCUAACUGGGAGUAUCAGCCAGAACUGGCCUAAACAUUCUUCCUCCAGGUGUCCUUAUUUUACCUCGAACUUUACAGUAGGCAAUGAGCAAUAGCCAGGUUUUCCUCCUUUUUUUUGUCUAGUGAUAGCACUAGAGUUAUCAUAGAGAUUCAUGUUGUGGUAGGUGACUGUCACUAAACAAAUGUUUUUUGUUGAACAAAAUUAAAGAUUACGAAUUGUAGAGAAUGCUUAGGAUUUGAUAAUGUUUUGUCUCCGUAACGAUUUCUGUAAUAUAGAUCUUUGAAAAUGCUAACA